GGAGUGUUUUCGCCUGUCCGCUUUCAUCGCGCCUCGCGCGGGAUUAUGAAUGAUGCGCGCUCUCUCCCCUCCCUGAUUGGUCAGGUUCAGUCUAUAAAGCGUUUGAUCCGACCGCCGCUGUCAGCGCGCGCCGCGGACGCGACCGGAGACAUGCGCUCGUGGGCUCGCGGGAUCCUGUGGUUGUCGUCUUUUACAACUGUGUUGUCUAGUUUGCAUCCCGAGUGUGAGUAUAUCUUUCAGCUGGCAAGAGAUGAACAGCGGUGUCUCAGAGAGAUCACAGAUCUUGGGAACCUCAGCAGCUUUUCAGGUUGUCUGCCAGUAUGGGAUGCUGUAGUGUGUUGGCCCAGAGCUGCAGUGGGUGAGAUGGUCCACUUGCCAUGCCCCGCUGUUUUCUCUAUCUUCAAGAACAACACAGGUGUAGUGAGUCGUAACUGCACGGCUGGCGGCUGGUCGCAUCCGUUCCCUGCUUACCAUGAGGCCUGCGUGGUUGAGGAUGAAAUCCCUGAGGAGUCGUAUUUUGCCACUGUCAAACUGAUCUACACUGUCGGUUACGGAGCAUCCCUUCUUUCGCUCUCUGUUGCCGUGGUAAUACUGCUGCUCUUCAGGCGAUUACACUGCGCUCGAAACUACAUCCACAUGCAGCUGUUUUUCACCUUCAUCCUGAAAUCGGUGGCUGUGUUUGUGAAAGAUGCUACGCUGUUCUCCAGUGAGGACACAGAUCACUGCACACUCUCUACAGCGGCCUGUAAGGCGUCAGUGGUGUUUUGUCAUUACUGCGUCAUGACUAAUUUCUUCUGGUUGCUGGUUGAAGCCGUGUAUCUGAACUCUCUGCUGGUCUCGGUCUUCCCGCGCAGCCAGCGCUGUCUGUGGUGUUUCGCUCUGCUGGGUUGGGGUUUUCCUCUGGUCUGCAUCGUCCUCUGGAUCUGCUCCAGACUGUAUUUUGAGGACACCGAGUGCUGGGACGUAAAUGAAGACUCUCCUUAUUGGUGGAUCAUCAAGGGUCCCAUUGUAGUUUCUAUAGGGGUGAACUUCCUCCUCCUCGUGAACAUUAUCAGGAUUCUGGUGCAGAAGCUCAACCCUCGCUUGAUCCAGUUCAACAACUCGGCUCAGUACAGGCGACUGACCAAGUCCACCCUCCUCCUCAUCCCUCUCUUCGGCACUCAUUACAUGGUCUUCAACUUCCUCCCAGACUACUUCAGCGUGAGCCUGCGGCUUUGCAUCGAGCUGUGUCUGGGCUCCUUCCAGGGCCUCAUUGUGGCGGUUCUCUACUGUUUCCUGAACCAGGAGGUGAGUGAUUAUUAUGGGGCAGCCAUCAAACAGCGUAAAAAUACUAAAUAUACUCUAAAUAAUGGGCUGAAAGCUAAAAGUGCAAUUCCCUUAUGCUUUUACCAACUGGAAAAAUGCACGCAAGUCCGAUAUCUGGACCAAGCAGCUUGUUCACUGUUGAUUCUGCGAGUCUGAAUUGAUUUUGAAUGGAGAUAAUCAGCAUCCUCAGAUGCCUAAACAAGGCUUGUACUCAAAGUCUGGCCCAAUAAAAUCCUUGACAAACAUGUUUGCCAGUCUUUCUUAAUUUAAUUACGAAGCAGAUUGGGGAAUUAGCAAGAGGACUGCUUAAAGGCCAAUACGCAAUUAAGGAUGAAUUAUAAUAAUGCUUUGCAUCUCGGUCUUGCAUUUAAUGAAAAUCAGUUUUGACAAAGCCAGUAUAUUAAAGGAACGGUUCACAUAAAAAUGAAAAUUUGCUAAAAAUAUACUCGCCCUCGGGCCAUCUAAGAUGUAGAUUAGAUUUUGCUCCUUCAUCUGAACAAAUUUAGAGAGUCGCUUACCCAAAAAUGCAUCCUUUGGAGUGAAUGGGUGCCGCCGGAACGAGAGUCCAGCUGAUUAAUACAUCAUAAUAAUAUUAAAUCUAUACACACAUUUAUGCUAGAUUUAGGUUUGAUCGAAGUCUCUCCUCAGAUGUUGUGCUGAUAUUUUGAACCGUAUGGUUUUUUAUUAAUCUGUCAGGUUCAGAAAGAAAUACGGUUAUGCUGGAUGAGAUAUCACGAGGGGAGCUACGUGGUCGUCCCUGUCGGAGCCAAAGGAAGUCAGAUGGACACUCCUUUCUAGAGUCAUUGAAACUCACCAGUGCCUCUAACAUACAGACCUCAACACCUCCGGAAAACAUGAGCAUCCGAGCGAAACGGUUAACAUGCAGAACGUAUAAAGAGCCAGAAUAUACAGUAUUUGGGCCGCAGUGUCUGUGAAUUAAGCACACGUUACGCAGUUCGUUAGAUGUGAACCGUUUAAAAAAAUUGUGAGCACUGGAAUUCAUCGUGGCAAAACUGCUGCUUUUAGGAUUGGCUGGGUUUAUUUAAAGUAUGUACAUUUAUAGCCUAUAAAAAUAUAUUUCUGUUGCCCAUCAAAUUCUGAUAUUUAAUUAUAUUAUUAUAUUUAUCACUUUGGGAAAUGUUAAACUGUGCAAAUGUACCCAAUAAAAGGCGGUAUAUCAGGUUUAAAUGUGUAUGUAUCCAUCUGUGUGUGUGUAUUUAUAUGUGUGUGUUUGCAGUAGGCUAUUUAAUAUUUAUUAAGAAAAUACAUUUGAUUGGCAGAUUCGUGGUUUUUUGAGUGAGAUGCAGGUAACCGGACAAGUUGUUACUGUAUAUUUUAUAUGUUGUAAUACUGUAGAUUUUGUUAAAGAAAAAAUUUCUGUCAUCGUUUACUUACCCUCGAGUAAAUCUCAAACCCUAACUAUUCCUUUAACUACAAUUUCUGUUGGCAAAGAAACAGUGGUUUGAUAUUUCCUUAUCUUUUAUUUCACAAGACAUUUUGUGUUUCAUAACUGUAUUACUGUGUGUAUUUAGCCUGUAAUAGGCUGCUUAAGGUGUGACAAGGCCCUGCAAUUCGCUCAUCAUUAUACACCUGUAUCUUUUUUCUCUUUUCAUCAAUGUUCAAAAGCGUCUUUGUAGCGUUGACUGAAAGGUAUGUGUUUAUAAAGACGCUAACUUUUAAACUAAACCCGCUCGAACGAUCAUUUAGAGCUAAAAGUGUAAAAGUCUUCUCUUCUAAUUCUCACCAAAUGUGCAUUUAUACUCUGUUGCCUAUAAAAAGUAAAAUCUUUGUAAACCUUUUUAAUUUAUUGUAUUAUACUGUAUAUUUUCCUCUGUAGGUUCAUCUGUGUUUUCACGUGCUCUAUGAGUGGCCUUAAGAGUAUUAAUGCAUUAAGUAGAGAUAGACAUAUUACCCACUUUCCUGUUCUGUGUAAUGGAUUUUAUUAUUAUUUUAUCUUUAAUGCAAUUAGCUGAUGUUGUCACUUGUGUGCUUGCUUUUAUGUUUGUUUAUGUGCGUAAACAAGCAGUAUGUACAAGCAGUAUCUCUGAUUUAAUGCCUACAAUAAUUACUUUUUUAAAAAACGCAAAUUCCUGUAUACAUAAAAUGCAUUUGUCUGACGGUAAUAAACACUGACCCCUGCUGAUCAAUA